AUGCUCACCCUUCUCCUUGUAAUCGCUGCCGUCCGGAAAUACAUUUUAAAACAGGUAAGCAUACUGAGCAACAACAAGCCUUACAGCCAUUUAUCUUGAAUGUCACUAUAAAAAUGACCUAAAUUCAGGCAAAUUUGUGAAGGAAACAUUGAAGCGACUGAGCUGCUUGUAGCCUUAAGAGAUCUUAGAGGUUGACUCUGAUUAAAGACCAUGAACGAUAUAAAAUGCACUUCCAAAAGUAGAAUAGGUUGUCUGUAAUUGAAGCUUGCAAACUACAUACUGUUAUCGCCGCUGCGUUUUGCCUUAAACUGUUGUAGUAAGCCCAACUAUUAUUAACGUGUGCACAUUACAUACAGUCCAUAUUAAAGCUCGAAGUGCGUGCACUGAAUAAUAGCCUUUUCUUUGCACGAUGUGGGUUAAAAAUACACGGCCUGCCCCGGAUGGCUCAGGGGAGAAACUGCGGCAACUGCUACGGCAGGAAUUCUGUUUAUGUCUUGAAGUCGGAAAAUUAAGCAAAACUGGUGAAUAUAUUCGAAGUAACUGUGGACCUAAACUAAUUUUAUUAAAAAAUUUCAGGAUCUUCAACGAGAGAAGUUCACGCCCGUGGUUAACUUCGGAUCUUUUGCAUUUGCUCUGCUUGCUGUAAUGACGUGGGUUUCCACACUGUUUCAGAGCAGUGCUAUGGGCGUUCAGGUGAGUCAGUUACACACGAAUAAAUUGCUGCCAGCAAAGACAAGAAAAAUGGGAAUUACCAUUCCAGGCAGGUGUGCCCUAGUCCGGAUACGGGCUGGUAAGCCUGGGAUUUAAAUUGGGGUUAGCUGAUUCAAAACUCUGCAACUUUAACUGUGGACCUAAGUCUUGUAGUUUGCGGUUGGGGAUAUUUAAAAGUACCUGGCAGUGACAUUUGUUGAUCUAUCCUGAUUGUGGGACGGAAUUGGGCAUCCCCGUUUUGCUUCGAGGAUCCGGCCUUAAGCCUUCGCAGGCGGUCACAAAACGAUAAGCAAACGGUAGUCAAGAAAUUUUAGCGACGAAGAAAGUUUGUUACGAUACGGCUGGCUGCGGAAGAUAUGUAAACCGACAGAGAACAUUGCAAGAACUGUUAGCUCUCAGUGCAGACUUUUUGAGCAUAAAUGACAUCUCACCGGGCGACCACCUGGGAGAACUGGUGAUUCAGAUCUUCAGGACAAAACUGCAAUAUUCCUUUGCUUUUAUGACUUUAUUAUAACCAAAAUGGAGUUCAAAUGCGCUCGCCUACCUUUCCCUUAAUAAAUCUGAUAUGAUCUUUAUCUUCCACGAACAGGUUACAUCGGUGGCUUUUAUCCUUGUGCGGGUGGCUUAUUGAUUUUUCAAAAAGAAAUCAUUAGAUUUUGGUCUUUACAGUUUUCAACAAUGUAAAGCAGUUUCCUUGGAACCGAGAACGUUCUUAAAAUUACCUCUGCGAAAACGGCGAAAAAUUUUAGUCUUUGUUUAAGUAGUGUAUGUCCGUAUUAGAUGCGAUGCGAGGCGUCCCUCUUCGUGGAGACCUAGUCCAUCAUGCGCGACCAGGCGUGUGUGGCAGUCGUAGACGGUCUAUUUAGCUCUGCCAGUCACUGCGUUCUAACCCAACUUCGGUCCUCUUGACACGGGGUUCAUUUGGGUGAGGAGAGAAAAAGUACAGUAGAUUUUGCACAAGUCUACUACCAUUAUAGAUUAAGUCAUGCCCAAAUCACCGUCCCCGGACCAACCAUGCUCUGAGACACGCAGGUGACAUCAUCGUUCGCGAUGGCAUAACUAUAAUUUGACAGGGGAACUCUGCAAGAAUUAAACUGUGCGCAAAUCCUCAAAUACGACAAACAGGAUUCACAACCAUUUGGCAAAAUACUCGUUAGCUGUCCAAAACAAUCACCCACAGAGAGGAUCAGAAAAGAUAGCUGGUUAUUCACCCGUACGCGCCGAACUGAUUGGCGUGGUCCGAUUACAGUCGUCGCCGUCACUCCAGCGACGACAACCGUAAUCGAGUUAAGAAAACCGGGUGUAUGCGGAAAGGAUCAUUUAGUACAGACUGUGCAUUAAUAGCAUGUCUAGGCUUUCGACUUUAACAUAAGACUUAUCUCACAACAAUGGGUGUUGUGUUUUGUACGGUGACACAGAUUAGUUCAUAAAACAAGAACAAAUUUGUCGUGUUUAAUUAAAUUAUCAUUUUAUGCUCUGAAAAAAUGAAGUACCUGCAUGACUAGCUGACAAAAACUUUACUUGGACGAUUGUUAUAUUUUUUGACCUAAAACUAAAAUAAACCUUCUGUGACAUCUAAAACAGGGCAUCCCUUUGGACUGUAAAUUGAGCCGCUAUGGUGGAUAAGUAAAGCACGCUUUUGCCUCUUCGGGUGAAAAAUGUUAAUGAUAAAAAAGCACCUUAGUACAACAGUAUAUGUAUGAGUUUUUGUUCUCCGCAUAAUACAGGAAUUGCUUUCUAAAAAUCAUACCGUUCCACCUGGGUGGGAAUUUUUGCAUAGAUAAAUUUUUUUUCUUUAUGGUCUCUUUCCUCUGAAGAAGGCAUAAGUGGCUACAACUUAGCUUUCACCAAAUUGUUGAGCAGCGAUUAAUGCCAAUUCAAGCUGCUGAAUCUAGUUUGAAAGUAAGUAUUAAUUGGCAUCAUGUUUUAUGACAAUCAGAUUAUUUAAAAACGAAUUUGGGACUGAACAUUUGAAAGCAUCGAUAUGAAAAAUGUCAUGAGAACCGCGUACUCUAAUAAUGCCUUACCUCGUGCCGUAGAAUACUUUCUAUUUCACUUGACAAUUAAAAAUACUUAACUUUACACUUGAAGUCACUAUCGCCAAGGCGUUCACUGUUAACGCCAGUACUAUCUUAUCAUUGCAACUAAAGCCUCGUAGCCACAAGGGCAAGACUGUCAUCUAUCAAUGAAUAUUUUUUCACCCAGACCCCCCAAAAUGCUGUGUUAUUGAGUUGGCCUGACGACGCGUACCGCCUUUUGAUCUGCUUGUUUCGAGCAUUAUGUCAGCCUUGCAAAACCUUUUAAUGGUAGCAUUCAGUGACGUGAAGACCCUAAAGCACGAGACCUUGGGCCGCAUGAACCUCCUGAACCAAGUUUGCGGUUGUCCAUUUAUGAGACCUAUUGGGUUCUUUACAAUAAUUUAUGACGUAAUUGAGAGAACGACAAGAAAAACGAGGGUCCCAAGUCGAAAAAUCACAUUCGGAGGAGACCGCAGUUUUGACGGCCGAGGUCGGCAAACAGUUUAUAAGUGCAUCCCCGAAGAUGUGAUAGGUUGCAAUAACUGUUACAGACUGUUUUGAUUCAUAUUAGUUUGCAUAAAAUCGAAGACUUUCUGGGCUAUUCAAGUCUAUCUUAUUUGGUAGGUGACAUGCCAUAGAGCAUCUAUGGUCGACUGAAUGCAGGCCGAACUGACAUAGGCGUUGCCUUUUUUGUCAUAACACUUUCAAGUGUAAAGUUAUAAAGUGUGUCCAGAUUCAUUCUAAGUUUUUGACCCUAAUAAUGAGCAUCAAUGACAUCUGACUGCAAGCAGUCAAAGUUGAUGACACCUUUCAUACCUUUUGUCAACCUUUCGGCAUCUUAGUGUCACUUUCGAAGGCGGUCUUGUCUCCCUCAUUUAUGUGCCAGUAACCUUAUUCCCAAACCACUCUCUUAAGUCCGCUAUUUUUAAUGAAUGUACAAGACUCAAGAACUGAGGCCUUCCUAAGAUGCUAUGCGCAAAACCGCAUUGUGUACUGAAGGCCCAAAUACGUCAUGUAAAUAAUCCGAGUAGCUGGGAAGUCACUGGAUAUUGCUGGUUAACCUUAUUUGCUGUCUGUAAUUUUGGGCAGUCAUGUACACCUUUCAUUUUCAGCAAUUAUAGCAUACAGAAGGUCACAUUUUCCACGCUGCUCCCCCGUCAUUAACUAAGCAGGGUGGACUCGGAAGACGGAAAUAACUCAGCCACCCUGACUGUCACCAACAGACCUGCUCAUGCGCCGUUAACAGAAUAUGUGGAAGAAGUUGUUGGUCGCGUCACCAAGCCAGCAAACCCCCCAGGCACACUUACUAAACGGUCAAGUGAUUAAAGUUGAACACGAUCAGGUCAUAAUUACCGUCUCUUCUCAUGCAUAUAUUGCUUUCAAAAUAACAGGAAACUUACACAGCAAGGAACAUUCAGGAGAUCCCGACUGAAACCCUUGAAACGUAAUCGCUGUGUUCUAUUUUGAUACAAUAAUACUAAUCAUCAAAUUGUUGACUACUAAUUUCCCCUCCCCCGUCUUUCUACAGUUCGGGAUAUCCGGACCAGUCUGGUAUGCAGCCACAGGCAUAUGCCCUUCGGCACUCUUCUGCAUACUUUUUACGCAAUUUCGGAAGAAGGCUCCUGGUGCUCGUACAUUCCUCCAAGUCAUUUAUGCCAGAUUUGGCAAGACAGCACACUACACCCUCUGCGCAUUCGCCCUUCUCAACAGCUUCUCCAUUCUCGCCCUCGUGAUAGCCAGUGAGCUCCUUCUCCUUUGUCAUCCUAUCCCUCCUACCCACAGUUUCGUUAGUUCACAUUUUCUGAACUGUGCUCUCUUAGCCUUCUGCCUGAGCGAAACAGAGAGUAAAUUAACAUUUCUGUUUAGCAAAAAGAGAGACAAAUUAUAAAGUUAGUGUUUUUGGAAGUUUUUUUCCAUACUGCUGCAAAAAAACUACUAACCUUGUGAUCACCAGUCCUAGUAGAGGCUCAGAAUAACUGCAUCUGGGGCCACGUUUAUGUCUCCUUCUCUUUGUCCGAGGACAUAUUAAGGUGAUUGGCUUUCUAGGCGGCAAACCGCGUCUUUUUCUCUCUUUCCUACUUAGCUCUUCUCGUAGAACGAUAGUUCAUUGAGACUACCGAAAAGAGAUACUAAAGAAUGUGCGAAAUUUCUGACGUUUGGGCUUUCUUGUCCUCAUCCAUCCAGACAGCCUGUUCUUCAAGGUAAACUCCCUGACCUCGCCGUAGGGCGUGCGGGAAAAAAGCUUCUCUGUAGAAUAGUCACCUUGUUCUGUAACUUAACAGAAAAUAAUUUUGCUAUGAGAGCAGCUAUAGUUACUCAUUUGCUAUAACAAAUGCCAGCAGGAAUUUGUAGGCACGAUUUGGGCAAGAGUUAAUUAAGUUUGGACAUAAAAUAUCAGAUAACAAUGGGCACUCAUAACUUGCAGUCUGCGAUAAAACCAGUCAGGGUUUUAGUUACUUGGCGGUUUAUUUGCUAACAAAAUAGAUUGUUACUCUAAGCUACGCUAGCCAAAAUUAAAUGGUAGGCAAAAUUCGAAACAUCAGAUUAUGGUUGGCAGUUUGGUACUAAUAAGUUAGUAAGUUCUAUUAAUUUCUUUCCAUUUUAAAAGUGCCCUCUGGUGGACUGCAAUUAACUGUCGUUUUAAAGUCAAGAUAAAUCGCGGAAAAAUACAUGAAAUUUUCCUAUUUGGACAAGAGAUAUAGCUCCUUUUGUAAACCAUGGAAAAGCGCUUCUGUUUUUAGUGUUUAAAUUUCCAAAAUAGUUUAGUCAAAUUGACCGUCUAACUACAAAAUGACUACCCAUCAGUAAAAACUACCAUAGGAAAGCAAAAAUGUAGAUAUAGAUGCGCAUUUACAAAGGACGCAAGUUCAUCUACUUGGCCUUUUGCAAAAGACUAAACUACGGAAGGUUAACCAGUUUAAAGCCAAUUUUGAAAACAAAAGUGGUUUAAAAGGAACUAAAGAGCGGUUUAUAAACCAUUUUCAGGCAAGUACCAUUGGCUGCUUACCAAGAUCACCAGAUAGAUAUACAAACUGAUUAACAGUUUAGACAUGUAGUGUAUCAGCUUACGAGAAACCACAUUAGAAAUUUCAUAGCGUCCGGCGCAUAACGUUUAGAUUAGUUUUUUUUGCUCUAUUUUAUAUUUUAAAAGCCCCUUCUCAUAUUGGCUUAUGUAGAUGGAAGCAAAGUCUUUGCUGGUAUAACCAAUCAGAUUUCAUUUGAAUUGGUCUGGAUCAUAACUGUGAUUGUUGCGGGCAUCUGUGCCAGCAUCGGCAACGUGCGGCAAAUUGUACCAACCUGUGUCUGCGUCUCCGGUUUUCUUUUGAUGAGCACGAUGGCCAUCACGAUUGACACCUUCUUUAUGAGCUCCAAUCCUCUGCUCGGUGAGUUUCGAAGAGUAAUAUUAGAUGAAACUGUACGAUGAAUAUUUGGCGCAUAGCAUGUCGAAUUAAACUUCAAGUGCAGGCGCCGUGGUGAAAAGUUUGCAAAGUCAGCCCUCAUUGUGAAUGAGAGGAAUACUAGUCUCAAAUAAGGUUACCCACUGCAUCAGAGAAAUAUGGUCCUAUGAAGAUAUGAAACCCAAACGUACCCCUGUUUCUUGCCAGUAUGUUAAGACGGGAUGGUCAGAUUUCUCCUUCGAUUUACGUCACUUCGUUUCAGAGAAUCACUUACGUGAGAAUAUUUAACGGACAUACUAGUAAUAAUGAGCAAAGGCGGGCAAACCUCUUUAAAUUCUGCCCACUUCCGUUUAAGUUACCAGGAUGUAACCGGUCGGUACAAUAGCCUCAUAGAUAAGAAAGGGGGAAAAUGCUAAUAUUCUGACCUGCUUUCACAGGUCUUCUUCUGCAGAAUCCAGCACGACAAGUUCACCGAUGUUAACACCUCCGCAGAAAACGUCACAUCAGAAAUUCAUUCCCACUAUUUAGGAAAGCGGAAUAGGGCAAAACGUUAACGAUUAACUCAUAAUACACUGUUAGAAGUUCCAAAAUCUCGUAGACCGUUUUAAAAUAUGGGGAAAUGUAAUUUAUGCUAAAAGAGAUAGUUGCAUAACAAGUUUUCAUCUUCCAAGACUUGUGAAUAUCCCCAUGUUGCACAUGCAAUGUCAAACGGGCGGACGUACAUUUUCACUAAUUCCUCAUCAGGCCGAUACAAUUACAUGAAGAAUGGAGUUGUAAAUCGCGGGCAGGGUUUAUAAACGUCUCAGAGGUUAUUCGCACUCCUAUUUCCCACGCUACCAGCACGACGAGGUCGGCGUGUCGAGGUCACGGCUCAUAUCUUCAUUCUCCAUGUGAUUUUAUUAGUCUGAUAAUGUAUUGCUGAGAACAUAUGUUUGCCAAUUUGACUUUCUAACAUUCUCAUCUAUUUAAAAUCAGAUUUGCUGACUCCUACGCACAUAUAAAGUAUUUGCUGUGCAUUAAGUAGGUGAAGUGUUUGUCAUGAAAUUAGGCGUAUUACAAGUAAAUAUCACUCCUCUAUCAAAUUCUCUUGUAUGUGCACAGAGGAUUUAUUUUGAUAUAUUAUAGGAAACACACGACUCUGGGCGGAUCAGUUUUGCACGGGCUUGAGGGCAUCAGCAUCAGAAUAGGGAAUAUUAUGAUAUCUGAAUAAGUUCGCGGAAAUUCUCUGGACUGGGAAGAAUGUAAUCAAGAGGAGAAUGCUAGAAAGGCCACGCUUAUUUGCUUUGUUAAAAUUCCACUAGCUCGGUUUCAUCCACUAUAUGGCUUUCAUCGUUCCACAUACAUGACUCUACUUAGUAACUAGUUUUUUUGCUUAGACAUGGACGAGAAUUACUAGUCGCGUUUUCAUAUGAUAAUGUUUGGCAUACUCAUAGUAAGAACUUAAUGUAAUGCUUUUGAAAAUAUGGGGCAUGGCAAACUGUUAAGCUAACUGCUUUCAAACAAAGUUUUUUUGCUAUUUGAGCUACAGUUAAUUUACUUUUUGUCCUACAUGCAAAGGUUCCGUUGAUAAAAUCUACCAACCACUAGACGAGCAUUCGAGCAAUCCGGCGAACAAUGGACCCAAUCGACUUACAUUUAGGACUGCCAGUCCCGUGCAAAGUGCAUUGGCUAAAUUUAUAAGUAAGCAUGUACAUUUUUAUAUCCCUUUGUACCAAACCUUCCUGACUUCUCUGAAGGCCAGAAUAUGGUAAUGAUCAAACUCGAAAAGGCGCUUGGCUGAUAUUCCACCGUUGAGUCUUCGUCCUAUAAUCCGGAUAGGUUGGUCAGCGUUAGGCAUGAAUUUAAAUAUGCCCGAUCGCAGCCAGUACACUCGAUGUUAGAACGGUUCCUUCUCGUUGCUCAGUGAUGAGUAGACUCGCGCUCGAGCUUCCGGACUUCCUGACAUUGAAUUAGGCCAUGACUGACUUCAGACGGAAAAUGAAUCAGAGAGGGACGUUUUAAUACUCCCAAUCUGUGUUUGCAGCUACAGUUGAUUAUCGAUUGACUGUUAUUACGUGACCGCAUAAAGGCACGCGUUGGAUAAAGGUGAGAGUUCAUUAUGCCGGAUACUUGCAUACCCGUCGAAGCACGGUUCAAAGGUUCCCAACAAAAGGUCCUAGCGUCAUCAUUUUCAGAAGUUAUCUCUAUUGAAAAAUUCCUAAAAUUAUAAAGCGUCACCACCGCCAGAAAUCAUGCGAACUUUAUUUUAAGCGACAGUACAGGCUGCAGUAUAUUGUAGUACUCUCACGCUCUUUAAUAUGACUCAGAAACCCAAAUCUCAAACUCGCUAUUUGUCAAACUAUGCGCCUUCAAAAUACUUUACGCCGUGUAAUUCCAACUCUCAACUUGUUUGUAGGUUUUAAUAGGCCAUCCCCACUUGGUGUAACUGUGCUCUGGUACUAACCGUUUUUGGGCUGUUAUAGUGUUUUAUAAAAGGCGGGAGGUAUUUAGAUUUAAAUUCAAAAAACUAAUGCGAAUUCGAAAUUCCUACCAAAAAAAGUUAGGGGCAUUGUUUUUAACUCUGUUAUAUCCACCUUAGAAAGUUGCUUCCUCAUAUUUCGACAAUUUGUCUAUCUCUUUCUCAGUUUUCGAACAGCAAACUGUUAUGCCAUGAACUGUUGACUUAAAUUAUGAAAUGUUUUUUCGAUUACUGAAGACAACUUAAGUAGUGUUGUAAUAUUAAUGAUUAAGCAGCAGAAUCUCAUGAUAUUUCAGUCACGUCAGAAUGCCGGAUUUUAUACGAGCUCCUUUCCGGCCGUCCGCAAAACUAUACUCCGUUAAAUGACGACUUAAGUAACUCGAAUUUUUAUUAUUGAUUUUUAUGUCCUUAUGAAUUCAAUCAUAUUUUGUAUCAAAGUGCAUAUAAACAUUCGUCUUUUACUCUUGGUAGCAAUUAACGUCUCCUUUUAUUUCUAUAACUGACGGAAAAUUUUAACUCAGUUAUGGGAACUUUUAAAUUCCUAAAUAAUUUCGGACCCGUCCUGCCGUUACACAUUCAUUCAGGGUUCCCAAAUUACAAAUUGUAUAUUUUCCCUGUUAAGUAAAGCAUUUAAGAUGAUACUAUAUGGGGCUUCUGAAACUUUAUACCUAAUAUGACCAUAUUUUGUAGUACUCAAGCGACGGUACUAGUAGUAGAAAUAUGUUGUCUUAUAAAUCCCAUACUAAGAACCUUUUCACAGCCAAAAGAUAUUCUUUCUCCAAGUGCAAAGUGCAAAAAGACCUGAUUUGCUACCGAAUGAGCUAAAUAAUAAGUAUUUAUGUGCAUAUUUUCUAUAAAAUAUAUUUGAAUUUAUAAAGGCAUCGAAAAUCAGUGAGUGCAAUUCAUACUACAUGAGUAGUAAUUUAUUGCAGAGGGCAGCUUUUGUAGAUGGCCUGAAAGAAGCUUGCAUAAAAGCUGACAUCCUACUGUGAAUGGCAUAACUUCAUCGCCUACUGAUCCAUUUCUAAACACGUCAGAGGCAUCGGAAUGAUGCGGAACUUCAAAAACGCUGCACGUUUGUUGGUCUACGAUGAGUAUAAUUCUUCACAGUAUCUCAGAGGUAAAUUAGGUAUCCCUUCAUGGCGGCGUUGUCAAAGCUUGACAGUAAGCAUAAAACCCAUCUCUGGCAAACCAAACCAGCUCGGUUGUUCUUUCGGCGUUAUCUGUGCAUGGGAGAUGGUAACGCCAAUUCGGGCAGAAAUGAAUAAAGACCCGAUAUCCUUUAUUUUCUGCUGUAUGCUCUUAAGGCCUCAAUAACAGAAUUCCGUCUCCCUCACAAAAAACAUUUGCUAAGUUAAAUAUUUCGCGACCAGACAGCUGCAGGGGGAGUCUGCAGAUUGUUUGCUGAGCUCGGGAAGCUAAUUUGCCGACAAUAUUAGGUUGCAUUGCAGUAUUCGCAGUCAGUUUGAUGCAUUUUUAUUCCCUAUUUCCUACGCUUUUGUUAUGAGAAUACAGUCUUUACAUAUAAAAACUAAGUUAACUAAAUAAAGCCACUUCUGACGUUUUUGGGAUAUUACGUUUUUCAAAAUAAGUCGGCAUUUCUAAACAACGUAACACUGUCCUUAAUAUUUCUUACAUUUUUUUAAUUCUUUUAAACUUGUACUUAAUUACCAUGGACAUUGGACUCAUGAAAUGGUGUCUGUUUGCGAGUGAUUGGCAAUCAUUCGUAAAUUUCUACACAUUUUAUUAGUAAGGUCACUAACUGUUUAUCUGACUGGUCUUUCUCAUGCAUGUGCACAGGCUGCCUAACCUAAAAAAUACGGAUUUCUAUAAAUGAAUAACCCUAAUCCAAUAAUGUUAAAUCACCGGAAUCUGAUAAGUGCUCUCCUCAUAUUCUGAGGUUACGAAGGGCAUUGAAAAGGUGCCCACUCGCCACUGCGUUUUUCUACCUUUAUCGUCUACCUACAGCGGUAAAAAGCGAAACUAGUUGAUUUUGGCAGACACAAACUCCUAGAAGUCUAUUAAACGAAAGCUCGUCCUCUAUUCUGUAGCGUCUCUCCAUUUCAGAUGUGUUUUUAACCCUGAGUGUGAAGAUAACACGCGAAGACAGUUUCAAAGUCAGAAAAAACUGUCUGUUGUGCUGACACCUACGCAAAUGCCUUUCUCAUAAUGAAAUGUAAUGUAUUUUUUAAUUUUUGGAGAUGCACAUCUGAGGGAGGGGGGCAGGACUCUGGACACAUUUUAGGAUCCGACUAGUUUGGUCGAAAGCUAUCCGUGCUGAUUCUAGUACAGCCUGCAAUCGAAAAACUGAAUUCCGCAAAGCUUUGAAAUAACUAACUGAAAGGUUACAUAUAGAGUCUCCCAAAGCGCCUACAUCAGACAAAGUACACACGUGUACACGAAAGAACCCCAAAAAGUGCCAGAUGAUUCGGCGAUUUAUAAAAGGAAAUGACCAGAGGAUGUGCAUUGAAGACUGUCAUUUGGAAAAACUGACUUGAGACCACCACUUGAACUUUCAGCCGAAAAGAGACUCGAUGAGAGCAUCCAUUGUUUCAACAAAAGUUGACUUUACCUUAACACGCCUGAGGCUGUAAAACUGUCCUAAACCAAAAGCCCUUAUUGAAUGUAAAUGCGCUCUUCUGCAGAAUGCGCUUCUGUAAGGAUGCGCUCUUCUGCAGGCACUAAAAACGCUCCUAAGAUACAUUUCUCUUCCACAGUUUCACUGGCUCAAGUUGUGCUGGACCAGGCCAACUGGGAGAUCUGUUCAGUUUCGCCGGCUGGAAAGGCGAGUGCAGGUGUGCUCACAGCCUGUUUCCUCUGGCUGGCCCUUCCGUUUGCAUUUGGCACGUCCACCAGCCUUGGCUACUUUGCGCUUAAAAAAGACCUCUUCAACAACAUCACUGCCGAAGUUGAUACAGGUAAGCACUUUGUGAGAUGUCACAUGAGCUAAUAUGAUCACAAAUGUCAAUGUGUGUGUGCGUGUGGUAAUUAACUGGUGUUCAUAUUUGCCAUUCGAGCUCAUCCAAGUCUUCGUGGUCGCCAACUCAGGGUUUCGCAUGUCAGUGGUGCUAAUUUCUCAGCGAAUAACUGCAUCCCAAAUCGCACCACAGUGUACCGACAAAGAUAGGGGAGAUCGGAAUGAUCUUAUCUGCAUUUAUUACCAGUCGCUAUGCGGCUGUCUGCGAAUACUCUAUAUUUAGCCCCAAGGCUAGACGGGUGAGCACGUCCCAUAGUUUAUAUUCCCAAUUGCAACAACGGGACAACGGACCGUGUAUCAGUAGCAGAGCGUUGGCUUACUUAACUCUCAAUAACGAGAGAGCUCUGGUUCGAAUCCUAGAUCAUCCACUUUUGGAUUUAGGUAGGGCUGAUUCACGGCAGUUACUACGUCAGAAAGUGUUACCCGGUCUCCCUAGUCUCUCUCAGUAUCCCCUUACUUGCUAAGUUAUAUACAGUAGGUUACUAAUAAGUCCAUUCAUUGAACCUCCCAAUUAACUACUUCCUUUUAUUCAAUUUAAUUGACUUGUUUGUCGUUUGCUGGUACUACUUCAGCACUCAUAUUUGUGAGCAAGAUAAAUUUCGGCUCUCGCCCAAAUCACGGUGUUCUCAUUUAGUGAAUGAUUAUAACGUAUGCAAGAUGGAUCUGAUAAGUUAGCCGACGAUAGGUUCAAUAAACUUCGGGUGCUCAGUCGGGACUGGAUCCUUAGAGAAAACUAUCAUGCUCUCUAUGUACGCGUGUUCCAAGAGGGCAUUGCGUGACGACAUGCCAAAGGGCUGGGAUAACAUUUAUCACCUACAGAUUAACAAAGCUUCUUUUUAGUAUGUUAUAUGAAAAUAUGAAAGUCGAUCUAAGAGAAAACACUUUUUGUGCGAUGUUAUUUAGUCGGUUGAAUUUCAUACCUUCAUAGUUUUCAGAAAAUAGAUUGCCUUUGUCCAUUAUUUUCCCGUUUGAUAAUUGUUUUCUUAUUGGAGAUAGGAAAUGCAAAUCUUCGGUUUUAAAAUACGAACUGCUAGAAUGCCGGAUUAAGAUCGCUUAUGGGCGAUAUUAGAAUACUCCCUCUCUGACUCGGGUUCGAGUUUGAUUUUAUGGUUUGACAGCCGAGAAUUCAAGCUGACUUACGUCGCGUGCCACCAGAGCAGAAAAUCUUAGUUGACCUGCUUAAUCUUUAAAUUUGUCAUUAGUCUGUCAUCUUUAGACUCUUGUCUGCCUGGUUGAAUGCAGCAUGCUUGAAACAUCUCAACCGUUAGGGACCGGGUAUGUGUGCCUCCUUAAUUUAUUUUCCCAAAAAAGUCUUCCAGUACACUAAGAUAAUUGUGUUACGCAAAUGCUUUUUUUCAUUUUUAUACAUCUUAAAACACAUUUUCGCUCCUAAACGAUCCCCGUAAAUACAGUCCCCCUAGUGCAGGAGGCUUUGCUCCCCAGUUUAACGGGAUGAGAACCUAGCUGCCAAAAAGCACCUUUUUGUUUAACAGAACAAACCUAUGGCGCAAAUAAGAUCUGUCUUUUUGUAUAGUUAAGAACCUUACGUUUCCCCUCGAUAACUGCUCCUAAUACCACAAUUUCCACGUUACGGCGGACCUUGCGCCGUACAUUAGGCGGGAUACGCACAUCAGGUUCCGAUCUCUCAGCCUUCAAGAACUUGUAUUUAAGAGGAUCGCUUGAAAGUGUAACAGAUUUCGGGUUGGUGCGGAAUCCAGGUUUAUAUUGGUGGUGUUCAUCGAUCUACUUUCUUUACGGGGUAUCCAGUUUUUUCGAAGUUUUAUCGGUGAAACUUCAUGAUUUUCACUUGCCAUUUUAUAUGAAACGACUUGUGGUGGCUUCAGAGUUGGAGUUCCAAGGCGUAAAAUAUUCAGCCAGUAUUCCCUCCUACCGUAAUUCUAUUUCUACGCGGCACUAAAUUUUCUUGACCGCGGCGAACUGACCGUGAAUUCAGUACACAAGUCACAGAAGCUUUCUCUGUUAUGCAGCGACAAGUUGUAGGCCAUAAGUCGCGCAAAAUGUGUUGGCUCCAAUGAAUUCUGCUGUGUUUGUUUGUUUCAAACAGAACAUUUCGCUAUAAAUUCUCACUGAUACUUUGAGCUUUAGUUCAAAACUCUGAUACUCCUGGGGUUGGGACAUACCGAACUGCAAAUAAACCAGAAGCAACCAUCAUGAACCACCUUAUAUUUCUCGUUUACGCUUAUCGAUCAUACCCUUUCCUUACGUCCUCGUAUCCGCUAAGAGGUGAACUUCAAGAAACUGGUGGGACGAGAGAGAAUUGAUUGCUUGAACAGGAAUUGUGUUUAUCCGAAGUUUCGGAUUCAUCCUCCAAUCCAACCUUAGAAACACUGGCAGAUAAGUUCAUGAUAACGCUCAGAGUGCCGUAUUUCUAGAAAGCGACGACCAAGUAACUCCGUGAAUAUUAAAAUAGCCCCAUCGUAGAUGCUCGUGCUUAAUGCGACAGUGCUCUGGUCGCUCGUACCCAGGCCGUUAAUGGUCGCGAUUUCAUCCCCUAUCUUGUCAGCUGGCAUGAUAAUUAUUCAAUCAUUAGGGGGCAGUAGUAUUUUCGCUUCUCCGCCGAGAUUUUCAGCAUGAACAAUUGCACACCCCAGACUGAAUAAGCCCUUUCCAACUUGCAUUUCUAGCGGAUGCAGCCAUCACCGUUUUUGGGUCAGCUUUCGGCAACAAUGGGACCCUCCUCCUCUUCGCAAUGAAUGCCUUUAUUAUAGUGACAGUUGGCAUUUUUCAGCUUUUCUCUAUCAGCGCGGUUGUCACCUACGACAUUUAUGCAACGCAUUUGAAGGUAAUUUUGUGAAAACCAUGUAACAGAUGGUGAAAAAGAUUUCCUUGUCCCUUACUGCAUAAUAUUGCCAACACAAGCACUUUACCUUCACAUAGCAAGUUCGGACAUGUUGGAGAGUUUCGAUGAAAUGUUGACAUCAAGAUCAACUUUGCCUCCCUCGACGAACUGCGCAUAGACAAAGGGGUAGAUAAAAAAGUGAAGAUGAGUCCUUAACCUUACUUGGGUAAGCAGUUACUGUAGCCACUAAGCCAUAAACUUCCAUUGUUUAGCAUUACAUCCGAUCCAGUUAACAUCCUCCGCAAAUUCCAGAAUGUGUCAAUAAUAAGAAUUACCUCACUUUUAGUCUCGUGAGCCGUCAUUAAAGGGGGCAAAUGGCCAGUUCGUAAAGACCAAAUGCACAAAAAACCUAUAGGCUGGAUAAGGGAACGUUGGUUAAGCCUCGAAAAAAAUUAACUAGAUCAGAUAAGCUCAAAGGAAUCAAAGUAUACUGGGUAGGACACGGGAAUGGGAACCCCCAUCCCUCAUAAUGUAGGUGGUUGUACGCCAGAUUACAGGAGGGGACCCUAUUCCCGUGCCCUAACCCCUACACUAUCGCCAACUCCUGUCUUCCUGUACCUUUAGCAGGAGGCCAUCGGUAUUAGAGGGGGUGGGUUCCUAUUCCCAUGUGCUGGCGCAUAUUGAAAACAUGUAUUAACUUUUGAUUCUUGCGUAAUUGUCGUGUGGUCGAGGUAGUGCAAUUACUAGCCUAAACCUUUCACAGUCCUUGGUUGGCUUGCUGCUUUACGUGAGUAAAUACCAAAAGGUUCUGUAAGUUCAGAUCAGGUUUCAUCUCACAUACAGACACCUCAAGUGGUGGCAUGAUUUUACGCCCUCGAAAAUGCACGACGAGUACAAGUACUGAAAGAAGUUAUGGCAAUGCUUAGAGAGCAGGAUCAAAGAAAAACAUUAUUUUAUCCUCUUUUUGAGACGCCUAGAGGAGGUUCCCCAACAGCCUUUCGAUUGAUAGUCGCUUGCAGUAGACAGUGAGGGCAAAUCGCGUUCCGCCACUGUUACACGUAGCUUUGCUUUUACUCGCAGCCAGGUAUGCCGUCAUGCGGCACCGCUGGCAUGUUCCCGUACUAUUUGAUAUCUUUAUAAAGUCCGGUGAAACGCACAUAAUUGCAUGAUUCUGUUACUCCCGUUCUAGCCAUUUAGAGUUUGCUACGAUAACAACUGUUGCAUCCUCUGCGGGAAGACAAGAGGUGAGGUCGCUCGACCGAAGGACAGAUGUGAAUGUGUACCAGUGAUUGUCUGUGAAAUGUGCCAGCGCGACAAUGAGUGAGUGUAUUUGGAGAGCUAAAAAUCAUGUUGAAUAUGGUUUUUAUACUUUUAAUACUAUUGACGAUUUGACUGCGCACCUGAGGCCUACCACCUACUCAGACCUUUUUCUUAACAAGAAAAUAAAAUAUACUGCAAUUUGGGUAUUCCUAACAGACCGACAGGCAGCAACCGCUGUGUCUCUAGUACGCCAAGUGCAACCUAAGGGCUGAUAUCAGCAAACAAUUCUCUUGAUUUGCCAGGAAGUCUAGUUGCCGUCCUAAGCUAAAGGUGAUCGCGCAGUGCCGCAAACGAAGCGUUCCACAGUUCACUUGACCUGCAUGAUGGACAAGUGAACAACACUUGAAUCCUGGUGAGUUUCAAGUAAGUGGAGCUCUACUGAAGGACGCAGCGUCGAUUGGCUUUGACCUCCCGCCAUUCUGAUGUCACGUUAGAAGCGCGCCUUAGGCAGUCGACUGACGGUGAGUAGUGUUCAGCGGGCUGAAGACGGCUAGGCUGGGUUGCCGCGACGGCGAUCGAAGGAUCAGACCUCUACAAUCGCCCCCCGUCCGAGUAAGCAUAACCAUCCCGGAGGGCACAAUGUCCUCCACUGCUUGGGACUUUUGCAAUGCUAACAGGACAACGGAAUUUCGCAGUUACGCACUUUUUCUGACCCUAUCAUGUCCAGUUUCUUAUUAACGCCCAGCGCUGUGCCCACAGAAUAUUGUGCACGGGUUUGUGUAGCGUUAUGGUGAGAAAUGAACAUUUGCCACUACUCUCACUUAAUGGCGCUCACCAAUCGUGCUACGGGCAUAUUCGUCCCGUUGUGCCUUGGAGGUCAGUCUAGAACUCAGCCAGCAGUCGCAUUUCGGCUAGAAAUAUAUGCAGAAUAACGUUGCCAAUAAAAACAAGAAAGAUUGGAACCGAAAUUUCUGGUCUACUAGCCGUCGUCAAUCAGCCACACCUAACCCCGAGGUUUGUAACGCCUGGGGCCUAGCCUCGCUACCCGCUCGUUAGAAAUCAAACGCUCUAACUUUUAGGCCACGGAUUAUUUGUCAUUUCGGUUGCUAUCGGUAUUUUAACGCAAUCGACGAGUACCCCUUUAUUAUUGUUAACAUAACCCGUUACAACUGACAAGACCCUUUUAACGCUGAUGACGAUUGGGAGGAAAGAGAUCCGGUCAAAAUCUUCGGAUAGUAAAAAAACAACGGAGUGUCGGCUCGUUCAGAACAUGCUUAGAAUUUAUACGUGUAGGUUUCAAGGCUGUUCUUGCUCUUUUAGAGUUCAGCUCUCAAACAAUGGCCCUGUGAAACCUGUUCCCAUCUGUCGCGUUCAUGCAGACUACAAAAACUACAUCAGCAGACUGGAGACUCUUCAUGGAACAGCUAUUCUUGUGAUCCUGGGAUUCAUUCUGCCCCUUGGAAUUCUGCUGAAUUAUCCAGGGGUAGAACGUUAUUCUAUUUUUGACUUUUAGUGAAUUUCUGAUAUUAAAAAGGCCAUCGCAGAUGGUCAACAUAACAGGUUUAUCUGCUUUUAAGAAAACAACCUUCAAGGCUCAUUCGCCCUUGCUUUGAUGAAUAAUUACUGAAAUCUAACCAGUCCUGUUCAAAGUUUGUAGUGUUCAAUGUGCCAAAGAUUAGAUGGACGGACAAACAUCUCGUCUGGUGAAGACAGUAACUACCUUGCAACCGGGGGGAUCAGAAGUACACUUCUGAAGUAAUCCAAUGCCGAAUUCGGCUUUAUGCUGAAGAUUUGCAGUUCUGAUCUUCUUCGUGCUCUGAAUGCGAACGGACUUGUCGUGAUAUCAGUGAUCUUACUGACUACAUUAUGUUCCAUAAUCGGAAUGUUCACCUCGCAGCAGCAUUCCAGUGGUCGAGUGAGCUAUGAUAAUAGGUUUAGGGCCAGAAAGUAAAGAUAAUUUAAGUGAGCUGAGACUCUAACAUCGUUUAAUAUAAAUGACCUUGAGCAUGGGACACGAGGACGCCAAGCUAGCUACUUGCUAUGAAAAACGGGAAGCUUCAGCUAAAAGGUAGAUUUUGUUCUCACGUUCUGAGAUCCAUCUGUCAAGUGGGUUUAUUUUUAGUCCUUUUACCUCGAGAUGGAUAUUCUUUAUUCCAAAUUGUCGCUUUAAAUUGCAUAAACGAGAUAAACUAACGACCAAUGCGAGCCCGGUAGGCAGCCAAAAUAUUACUGGAAUAAUAAAGAACCGAAUUUACUUGGGACAGCAGCUUUGCUCGAAAGUAUCCGAUUUAGAUGAGGCGUGAGGCGGGCCCCCUUAUCAAUGCAACGAAGUUUACAGGUCCCUUACACCUUAUGCAGAUUUUCAUGAAGAAAAUCACUUUUGGAUGGUAUACUCGAGACUCAGUUUAUAGGAGACUGAUGAAAAAAACUGUAUUGGUUUUGUAAAUAUGGGUCAGUUCUGGGGUUCCCGUAUCCUUGGAGUUCAUGAUAUGUGACGACAGCAAUUCAAAAGACCCAAAUAACCUUCCCAUAAGUUUAAUAAUCUCAAGUAAUAGAAUAGUAAACUGGUGUUUUUAAUUCGCUCUCUCUUUCCUCAGAGAAACCGUGCUUCUUUGCAGUUUUUGACUCACUAUUUUAUGUCCUACAGGUGAACCCUGAGGCCGUCAACUCUAUCGCCAGUGUGACGGUAACAGCGGCUGUUGGAAGUGUGAUAUUUGCCCUCUUUUUCACCUGGCUGACAGCACAGGCGAUUGUCAUCUCCUGUAUCUUGGGUGGAACGCUCGCGGCAGUAGCCUGGCUUAUACUGAACACGCUGGUGUCUUUUGACAAGAUCUCUAACCUCAGUACGUCUACUUCCACCAAUGGAUCAGCAGCUAAAUCCCCAGCACAUACAUUUUAUCUUUCAUGUGAAACUCAGUGUGUCAUGACUUCAGUCAACGGUGUCUCCCACCCCAACUGUUUGCUCCGGGAAGCUGAGUCGAGGUCUUGUGUAACGAGAUCUAUGAAGAUUAAGUGAUGUGGUUAUGGGAAGUUCGCAAAAAAUAUGGGCAAACGACCGCAAGAUGAGUUAGGAUUUUAUAGCUAGUUUUUUUUCUUUCGGACGCUCUUAUCGUUGAGAUGUCAUAGGUGGGGCUCCAUUACGGCAAAACGGGGAGAUUCAGUGAAAAGGCCAAAUUAGCGUGCAGCGUGAGUGAAAGAGACUUGCCGUCUUGGUUCGAUUUGGUUUUUUUAUCGCACGGACACAGUGGAAAGGACGCAAUUUAUUCCAGAACUUUCCUAUUAAUCAGGUGCUACAUGGUAGGCAUAAGUACCCUGCCUAAAAGAGUUCACGCGGCACUUUUAGAUAUUUCAAAAUGAUAUUCAGCUCCAAAGAACACUUCGAGAAUUCAGAUAUUCAGCUAAGCAUUUGACAGUCAUAGAAAUUGUCGACGAAGACUAUUUCGAUUCACAUGUUCCAGGGUAUGGGCUAGGGGAACUGCGAUCGAUGCUCAGAAGUCAAGACUGCCGACGCCAGAGAGAGAGAGAGGUGGCGGUGUUAUUGGCAGGCUGAGAGCGUUAACCAUUAACUUGAAAAACUCAUGGUACUUGUGCUCGCGAAAAUGUGGUGGUUCCUCAUCGUCCCGUUUUCAGCAUGUAACUGAUCAGUUGUCUAGGUAAUGCACGGCCUGCUUACCUAGAGCUAAACGAACAAACAGUUCGGUUACUUUAUGUUCAGGAACCACGCUUCAGGUUCCUGUGGAUGGGGUUUUAAUGCACUUUGACCGAGGACCAUUGUGCAGUUAAAGUCAGCGGUAUGCACCUUCUCUCGCUCAUGCUUCACCUUCUCGUUCUGUGCCAAACAGGGCAAAGAUUAUUUAGGGGUGGAAUAUCCCGCUAAGAAGGGAGCCUGACUUCUGUGAAGCAUGUUUAACUGUGUUGGGUCUGGCUAAUCUGUGGAGCAAAACUAGCAACAUCAGAUUGCAUGCAUGGAAUAAGUGUAGGUCGCGGUAGCCACUACGCCGUAACUCAUCUCCAGUCAACUCGACGUGACCCGGUCGCCCGUACAAUAUUGAAUGGAAAAAUAAGAUGUCUGUCUGACGCAGAUCCCUCAGGCUCCCGGAUUCCUCACUCCACUAAAUGAGACGCUCUUCAAAUCAUCACGACGCAGCGGAUGUCGCACUCGAAAAGCUGCCAGAUGAACGCAAAACUCUAACCCACUCCGGCCUGGCGGUCAGACUAUGAUUGUUUUUUUUAUUCGUGGACGUUACGCCGACUCCCUUCGACUAGGCACGCAAGAAUUCUCCUUUAAAGUCUGACGGAUGCGUUUUCAGAAACAAGCACCCGCGUGGAAUGCAAAUUUGACUUUGUCACGUCAACCACUGCGCUCCCGCCCAUCUACAAUCGCCUUAGUCUUGUCACUAGAAGUCAAUGGCCACAACAAGAAAGGGGGAGUUAGACGCUGCGCAUUUCUCUCUAGUCAUUAUCAAGUUCGCGCUCAGGUCAACAGUGCACCCCCCUCCUCCUCCCCCCAGCCCAUGGUAGUCUUCGGCGUAUACGCCAAUGAACACGUCUAACUUUAAGAGGAACCCCAGAGUUCGUUGCUCGGGAGGUCAUCAAGUUUCUAAUGAUAUGCCGCCGAGCGUGAUCGUUCGGUUCCAGCUAGUUAUUCGCAGUCCACAUUUUAAAUCAGUACCUUGCGAAUUCAAGGUGGGCAGAAGUGGCGCGCAUAGAGUGGGGUCAGAAGGCCUGACCGAUCACUACCACAGUCCUAUUUCUUACCUCUUGGCUCAUCUUCAGUAUCUGAAGGCGUUGGGUGUUUGACGAGAGACUGUGACCGAUGCCGCGCACAUUAUCCUUACUGCAGACUCAUUCCUACCCGAAUUUUCUUCCUUGUUCUUCUCCGAUCACACGUCGACAGGCCUAGCAAAGUUGAACUUUCGGUCUGCCAAUGAUUGCUGUUCGUACAGCCUAGUCAGCUGCCUAGGCUCUACCUUUCUGAUGUAAUUUGAGUCAGCAACAUCGGAAAAGUUCCCCUAUGCUACAGAAAAUUCCCUUUUAAGGACAAGAGGUCUUUGGUAACGCCAUACAGCGAUUAAGAAAUUUUGUCACCGGGCUAUUGCUACAACCGCGUGAAUAUUUAGUAAGAAACGGCGUCCCCCUGCUAUUUGUUGCGCAUCCCUCCUGAACCCAUUUGGCUCAAUGAGGCAACUAAGAACUGUUUUUCUUCAUAAAUGCUCCGACAUUGGUAACCGUUUUCAACAAAUUACAGGCUUAACUACAACGAUACGAAAAUUGUUGAUCGCCUUAAGAAUUCAAAAUGUUGCUCUUUACCCUCCAUCAAACCAAUAACGGGAGUCCACAAACAUCAGACUCAAGUAAUAAAAUACAUUAGAAGAGAUCUACCUGUCACGUCCCAGAUGUUCUGUUACUAGGCUCCGAGCAACCAUCGAGAAUACGCCCUCGCCAGUCGACUCUAUAUCAAGCUGACCGGGAUUUCCAAAAAUCAAAAAAUUUAGUUCACAGUACUCUAACGAAUCCCUUCUGGUCAUUUCAAUAUUAGUAAACAAUUUUGCUGCGAUCUUUCCCUAAUAAUAGGUUCUUUUUUACCUCGUACAAAUUAAUGAUAUGGCUGGACUAAAGGCAGUGAACUAUGGUUUGAAUUGCAUAAUAUCUGAAUUGGAACCUGGGUUAUCAUCAGCAUUUUAUGUAGAGACGUUUUGGCAUGGGAAUAUUGGACCUCCAGUGCAACAGGAGGCCUUGUCCUUAAUUUCGGGCAGUUAGAGCUAGGGUUACUGUUAUGCUUUGGGUAAAAUUUAGGGUUGGGAGAGUUAGGUUUAUGUGAGCCAGUGUUAGGUUUGAGGCUAAGGUUAGGACACUGCAAUAGAAUCACCUUGAAAUUUAACGUGAGUCCACCUGUAUCAUCUGGGAGGGGGCGAUUCCUGUGUCCAAGUUUGACCGUAGAAACAUUAUUCCAUGUAGUAUUUUUAGGGUUUGCUUUGCACCCCGGCUCAAAUUCAGGCGCAAGAGGUGGGAUGUAGCCUUUUCAUGAAUCCACACUUGGGUCCGAGAUAAUCCCCAAAGAACUGAUCGAGGAACUCUUUGCUGCUAACGAAUUCUAUUUACAUAUUUUUAGAGUCUGGUUCCUUUUAAACUUCAGCACUCAGUGAAGUACACUUGUUUUCGUCUGCAAUCGGAGUUUGCAGUGGCUUCAUCCUACCUAUUAUAAUUUCGUUUGCAACAAAAAGGACUGAUGAAGAUUUUGGAAAGAAGAGUUGGGAACGCCUUUUUGAACUUGACAAUCCGUUAACUCCCUGGGCUGAAAGUUUCAGCAGGUAAAUCAUUUUUGGUUUAUUUACAGACGGUCGCUGAUGUUCGGCCGGCACUGUAUUAAAGGCUAUCAUCUCAUAGUUUAAAUCUAUUCAGCUUUUCACUUGGCAGCUAGAGUUAUAACUAUAGCUUUAAAAUAAUACUCUCAUAGUGGAGUUGUUGCGAAUUGUGAACGUAAUGUUUACGAGUAAAUGAACUUUUCAUACAUUAAAAUAUGCGCUCAUUUCUGACCCCAAAGCUAAACGCGGUUUCUACUCAGUUACAUAAGAGUAAAUGGUGGUCGAUCAUCUUACGACAAAACAAUAACUCCGACUUGCAUAUUUCAAUACAACGUAAUUAACUUUAGCUCUAUAGGACCCUCCUAGCGCAGAUAAAAGUUCGGCUGUGUUCGGUAGGCAACUCAACUAGCUGGCUGUUUUAAACAUGAAAACUAAACAGUCGCAGUAGCGUUUUCCGUCUUGACCGGACUGCAGGAUACGAUGUGGGUAAGUUCUGUCUGCUUUACCGUUUUCCUUUAAUUGCUGCUUAUCGCAGUACGGUAGCCUGUGCCGACACUAGACAGGAGCUGACAGGUAAAAUAAAAUUUCCGUAUUCGGUUUUGCAAAGUUUCUGUGAUCUGAGGCAUGUAAGGAAGUCGCGGAUUUUUGAAACUUAAUUUUUACAUUAUCCGUUCGGUUUAUGACUUUAGUUUCUUUCAGUGUGUUCUCCCUUGCAUCAAUUUUUGUCGACGACGUUAGUAUCUCAAUGACAUUUCAAGCACCAUACUGAUGCUCCGAAAUUAUUCGCCUCAAACAAGGUCUUUUUGGGCCGUUUACUCUAACUUGGCAAGAAAAUAAUAAAAAGAACACAUGAAAUCUCUACUGACGGACUGUAGGCAAUAAGUGCUGCCUAACCCACUCAAAGCGACUGUAUUUUUCGAAUUACGCUCACCAAAACAAGUUCAAAAACAGGCGGGUCGAGGUGGCACAAUAGGUUUAGGUUUUUUGCUUUGGAGUUCCAAAUGUACAGCUGUGGAAGUAUCUGACUAACAUUCCAAAUGCCAAAUGUAUGACAUUGAAGCAAUUUCGAAUAAUUGGUUCUUUGUUCCUCUCCGAAAUUCUAUAAUCAGAUGGAGCUAGGGAAGACGAGCAGUGCGAUCACUCAGAGACUUUUCUUAGUUCUCUGAUGAUUUUCUUGGUCCAUAUGUUGGCUGGGUUCACCGUCUGAGUUAACGAAGACAAAAGAACCUUACGAUAAUGAAAGCUAAUUUCCGACCUCUGUGCACAACUAGUGCUACUUCUGUCGUUUAUGAGACCUGCGACUGCUUAAGUCGCCCAACAAUGUUUUCAACUCUUUGCUUAAACCAGUAAGACAAUUUUUAUUAAGGGAAAGGAUUUCUAAACGCGGACGAGCAUAACUCCUUUAUUAUUAUUAAUAUUAUUAUUAUUGUCCCACAACGGAUAGAGUCCCCAUAAGAGCGCAGUAAGAAGGAUCCAGUUUAGCCUGCAUCUCAGCCCUAAGGACCACGUUGUUCAGUCCGGUAGGCAACAUGCUAAUCUACGACUUUUAAGGCCCGUGGGAGGACGAAUGCAUGUCGGGAUUACUACAGUGAGGAAUGGCAACAUCUGUUUAUCAUUACUCAGUCCGCCCGCUCAUAUCACGCUGGAGAGUUAAGGCGGCGGUGUUUACCGAGUAUUCGACUGUAGCUGCGCGUCGCACAUGUGUUGACUCGUGAGUCACCAGGAAACAGACAUCGCUUGUACACUUGUGCUCCAUCAUGUGUUGACCACUGAUGAUCUAUGAUGAUGAAAUCAAUGAACGAAAACAAAGAUUUAGUCUUAAGGGUCAGGGUGAAUACCGUGUGGCCUCAGUUAUUUGCAUGGAAGUACUCAACAAAAUAAACACCGUAGUCCGUGGAAGAACGUUCUUACUUCUCUGUAAGCAUACUUAAUUAGGACUCUGGGUUGCUGAUUAUGCGUGAGGCCAAUGGCCUUACUGCAACUCUGCAUUCCACCUCUUAUGCAUUCAUAUUCUUUUGUGCAGACACUUUUCCUUGCCAUCCUACGAUCCGCAUUCCUACACCAGCCCACCCUACGAGGAGGUCAAAGCAGCACUACGAACUUCACAACUGACAAGUUUUAUCGGCGGUGCCAUCUUCGUCGUCUUAGUCUUGGCCCUGUGGCCGGGACUAUCUGCCAUUCCAACACAUUUCAGUCGUGAAGGCUUUAAAGCGUGGGUAAGUUUAGUGCCCCCGUUGAGUAAUUGCGUUUUUUUCUGGAAGAUUUUGAGAAAAUCUCCUGCAAAUUUCUAAAUUUAUUUUUAUUUUCUUAAAGACCGCCACAAAUGUCUACAUGGCAGCCUAUUUGUAAACAAUUUUCCCCCUUUAGAACGUGUUUACUUGCGUACGUAGUUUCGGCCACUCAAACACGUAGCAGGGUGGACGAGGCUAGAAGUUGCGUCUCGAAAACAAAAGGAACCGCGAGGUAAUCAAGGAAAUUCUUUCUUAACUAGGUUGACUAGUGGAAAACAUAAAAGCCACCACCCUUGGAGGAAAAAUAAUCGUGGUACACAAAAAUUACCUGAUGUUGACGGUAUAAGCACAUUACUGAUCCAUUAUCGAAGGGAGAGGGGCAGAUAGCCGGGGCAGUUGUUGUACCGCUCCAUCUUUGCCGGCGUCGAUUGGGCACCAAAAGAAGAGGGAGGGGUGAGGGUAACAGUUUACGGCAUUGCUACUGAUAACCCGCGUAUGGUUAUCAAGAUGGCUUUUCCUUGUCCCUUAACCGAGUUCCAUUAGAAGAAACACGAAAAUGCGCGAUCAUUGUAGGAAGACCUAAUGUUUACAGGCUUCCCAUGAUGCCGUUUACUACUGAAUUUUAACGAAGCAUAAAGAAUGAAGUGCACAUACAGAUUUAUGUGGUAAAAGGGGACUAAGUACAUAGGACGAAAUUUUUCAUCAGAAGAAGUCGAGGAAUUCUUGAAUGGACUUGGAAAUACUUCACAGUUUCGCGUUAUAUUUUUAAAGGUGAACAUAUACCACAAGUUUCAAUUUGAUUGGGCACUUCUUUAUUUUAUAUUUCUGUUCUUGUUUAAAAAUACAGAAAUAAUGCAAACAGAUAAUUACUCUAUUUGAAUGCUAAGGCUUUAAAGACAUACUCGACGCCAAAGAAUAUUUUUUCGUCGAUAGAAGGUUUGGAUGAAUGGAACCACUUUAGAAGAUAUAGACUAAGCAUAAAUUCGCUUUCUGGGUAAUUAGGUUUUUCCAUCUGUGGCUUUCUGACAUGCUGGACUUCAUCAUUUAAAAAUGGCAAAUUCUUCGCAUUUAUUGGCUAUGUACGCCAAACACAGGCAGAAUAUCUUCCGGCUAUCUUUGAUGCAAGCGGCUGGGGGAGGCCAGAUACGGCACCUAGUCCUCGAGUUCCAGGACUGGUGUUUUUCGUACUCGCUGUCUUGCAGUGGCCCUGAAAAAUCGCCAGUGUCCUGCCGAAAACAAGGAUGCUAUUAAAGCUCACAGCAUGACAAGUUUCCUAUAGUACUUACGCAAGUGGUCCCCAAUGUAGGCAGCCAAAGGAUAGGCUGUGCAAAACAUGCAUAAAAAACUAUGGAAUCUAGUACGUCUUUAUUCUCCGUGACAUUGGUGGUCAGACAAGAAAACGACCGGACUUCUUCCAGGUUUAUCAUAAAACCCUGAGAGUAAAAACUGCUGAAAGAUUUUCUGGCAACGUACCCCGAGGGGUUUUUCGCCUGACUACUGGGAAUAUUUUUAACUCCUAAUGUUUGUCGCCCAUAAUUACUCCCCAUAAGGCUGUCCGUAGGUGUUGAAGAAGAAGAGGGGGAAGAAAAAUAAGAAUAGAAGGUCGACAUUUCUGGGAUCUCUUUACUAACUCGGUUACCUUUUAAUCAUUAAUUUAAUGUCUCUCGUUGGCACUGGGGUUUAACCGUUUUUUUUUUGGUGUUUUGCCAAAUUUUAAAUGAUCCACUUUGACCAGACUGUGAAAAACUCGGCGACCUCGAUGGGAUUCGAACCCACGACAGGAAGAGGAAAGCUUAAGUACAGCCAACGCUUUAUUCACCUGAGCUACGAGACCACACGUUGCUGUAGGCUAGGUGAGUAACUUGACCCGAAUGUUAUUAAACUGACGGCUGUCCAUGGGACCUCGUAGCUCAGGCGGCUAGAGCGUUGGCUGUACGUAAGCCUUAUCCUUGCUGUCGUGAGUUCAAAUCCCACGGAGGUCAUCGAGAUUUUUACAGAUGAGUCGAAAUGAAUCAUCUGUUUCUGUUUUCCUUAUUCCACUUUGCACUGUUAUUGCGCACCUCUAUAAAAGGUAUAGGCCGCUUUUGGGCGUCGGAAAACAGAUUGGACUCAUGACUAUAAGUUUAUUUUUCUUCACGUUAGUUUCUUUCAACAUUGCCAGUGCAGUCCACACUUUUCUUUAGACUGCUUUUUCAAGAAAUAGGCUCGAAGUCGAUAGGCCAGGACUGUCUUUGGAAACCUCUGGCACUCCCUCAACGCAAUGACAGAAAGAACGUCGUAGAAGAUAAUAGCGUUAAAGACACUAAUUAUUAAUGUAAGACAUGGAAUUAAGUACGCACAUGAAUGCCUGAAUCUGUAUAUGACUGAUGAAACCGAGGAAGUAAUGAACUCCUACUCUCUUUACACGACCGGCAUUGUUCGACCAAAGCAUCCAAUGGAUGUAAAAGGGGAUCUCAUCCCGGGAGCAAACCUCUGGUUCUUCUCAUGAUUCGACGUUUUAUUCAAGGAGAAGGAUGGCUGACAGAUGGCAUGAGGGAUAUAAGCACAACACCAAGGAAAGCUCCUGGCGAAUCAUGGUAAUGCUGCAUUCGCACUAGCGCAGCAUCAGGUUUAGGUGUCUACUAAAAAAAUCAAGACGAAUUCGCCCUCAAAGUGCUGAAGUUCGAAAUGGCCUUCCGACUUAAAGACUGAGAUAGUACCAGACUUAAUUAGUCAAAGUUGGAUCUGCCAAUAAGAGUUUUGGUCUCCCUAGCUAGCUGCCAUUCACUCGUUUCCAAAUGGAUCACCGUACGAAGGGAAUUCGUUACCAAUAUACUUUGUCAUCUUUCACCAUUUGUUUAUAGAAAAUCAAGCUUGUAUAAGCCUCUCACCUCUGGCACAUACACCAGGAGUCGGGAUCAUGACUUAUGAGCGGAUGGAACAUGCGUCGAGGGGCAACCAGUCACAGGCGCCUACAGAUUCCGUUAUCAUCCAAUCACGCGCGUGCGCCAAAAGCUAGCCGUACGUCGAGGUCUCUGACCACCAACAGGAUUCCGUACAGAAUACACGUCUCCUAACAGUCUCUGCCCCCUCCUCCUUUACAACUGCACGGAGCCAUGAUUAUUAUGGGGGCUAGUGUACGCCCUCAGUCUAGGCUGCUGAAAUUUAACUGACGUCAAGAGAGUAUUUAGAUGGGGUAGUUAAGCGAAACGAAAAGUUUGAUUGAAAGCAAUUGUUGAAUGUUUAAGUUGAUAGUAGGGAAAAGUAUUUGUCAGUCUUGACUUACUCUUCAUUAUAUUUUUCUUCAAUUUCUGUCUAUACCAGGAAACCAGGUACGCUUACUCUGUUUGUGUGGAUGCAUGUUUCACGUUCCAGAUUGCACUGAUGACGACGUGGCUUACAGUAUCCUGCGUGGCUUGUGUCACCUUACCUUUGCUGAACGCCUUCUUUCCGAUGAAGAAGUGUAAACGUUCGAGGAGCUCAUCACCCGAAAUCACUGCCAAUCCAGCCCUACCAACCAUCGAGUAUUCGGAAAGUUCGGAAUAA